AUGGCCCAGCCACAAGACCUCCAAGCUCACAUAGAUCACCUCGACAGCCUUCCCUUGGAAGAAACAAUCCAAGAAAUGCUACGUCUCUUCCCAGGCCUCACUCCAUCCGUCUCCCCAACCGCCGACCGCCUCAUUACCCACAACAACUACAGCGGCAUCGCCCACCUAGACUCACUAGGCAGACUAUACCUACAAACCGGCAGGCGCUGCACGGCAGAGCACGCCUCCUUCGCAACCCGCCUAUCCUACCUUCCUCUCGACCCGCUCUUCCUGGAACUGUACGAGCGCAGCAACGACAUUCGAAAAGCGGCCAUCACAGCCGGAACGGCGACAGAGCCCAGCUACGAGGGUCAAGGGUGUGCCUGCUGCAGAGGAGAGCCGUCGGCAGUGAUUCUCAUGGGAUUUGCGGAUGGGGAAUCGUUGUAUUUUGAGGAGGGUGAGUAUCAACGGCUGUGGGGGGACGUGGAGUCCGCGGGUAUGCGUUUUUUCCAUGAGGGUGAGAACAGAGAAAGUAGGGUGUGUAUGCUUAUGGCGUCGAAGGAACAGGUCGAGGAUUUGAUGGAGAGGGAGAGGGGUGCCAUUGCUAUGUUGUAG